ACACUGGUCUCCCAGCAACACAGUGUAAAUAACUCAGAGUAGCUUCAGUCGGCUCGAGAGGAGACGAGACAUGAACGAAACACGGAGCAUUUAAUGAGCUAGCUGGAGGGGGCGGGGAGUGAAUCUGAAGCAAGACCUCAACGCUAAACAGCAGAUCAGACCGGCAGCUGAUGGGGCUGUUUGACAAGUUGGCAGGAUGGCUCGGGUUGAAGAAGGAGGUCAAUGUUCUGUGUCUUGGUUUGGACAACAGUGGAAAGACCACGAUCAUCAACCAACUAAAGCCCUCCAAUGCUCAGGCGCAGGACAUCGUGCCAACCAUUGGCUUCAGCAUAGAGAAGUUCAAGACAUCCAGUCUUUCCUUCACAGUGUUUGACAUGUCUGGUCAAGGCAGAUACAGAAACCUUUGGGAACACUACUACAAGGAAGGCCAGGCCAUCAUAUUUGUCAUUGAUAGUGCAGACAAACUGAGGAUGGUAGUAGCCAAAGAAGAACUGGACACAUUACUAUAUCACCCUGAUAUUAAGCACAGGAGGAUCCCCAUCCUGUUCUUUGCUAACAAGAUGGAUGUCAGGGAUGCGCUGUCUUCUGUCAAGGUCUCACAGCUGCUCUGUCUGGAGAACAUUAAAGACAAACCCUGGCACAUCUGUGCCACCGAUGCUCUGAAAGGAGAAGGUUUACAGGAGGGAGUGGACUGGUUACAAGGUAUGAAUGAAAGUGGGAGUGCACGUCGUGUAAGUGUAGAGUACAUUUAUAUUGAAUCAGCUUUUACCUACAUUAUAUACCUUUUUUUUAAUAUAUAUAUAUUUUUUAAACAGUUCCAUGUAAGAAAUGUUGAGUUUUGUGUAUAGGAACGGAAUAACUUUAGCAAAGUUUCUGAGCUGGCAUCUGGACUUUUACUUGGAUAUAAUGACGGCAAGGUACACAGAAGUUUAUGAACGAGUCAAUUUUAGAUAAACAAAAAUCUUUUAUCCAGCUAAUCCUACAAAUGUGUUGGAUUUGAAAAUGUCUUUGUUUUUACUCCCCAUUACAAUGGACCAUAUGUUUGUAUUAUUGUAUAUCUCACUGAAAGAUCAGAACCAAAGUGUAGUCUGUUCCACAACCUCAACAUCGGUUUCUUUUCUUUUUAUUAUGUUUAACGCCCUCAUUCAAAUCCUUCCAUAGAUCAAAUUAUGCAGUGAGUAUUGUGUGUUUUAUAAGUGUUGUGUUAUUUCUUGUGUCCUUGUAUAGCUGUAAAAGAAUGUAUUUAGAAAAACAAACCUCUACUUUGUCUUUGUUAUUGUAACUUUAGUCUUGAAGUAGCUGUGAAACAACAAGAUUAUUCUGAUCAUUACAAUGAGGGCUGUCACAAUAACAGACUACGUGAUCAUCAUGGCCCAAAUCAUUCACGUUCAUAUUAUCGCAAUAUCUGUAAAAAAAAAAAAAAAAUGUAAAGGAAUUAAUAACGUUUUAUUGUUUUUGACAUAAAGCUGACUUCUAACAUUUUCCCAGAUCAAAUCAAAACAAUGAGAACGUGAGGGCGUGAUGAUGGACGCACCGGAAGAAGCUGCAUCCAUAGGAGUGUUUUAUGAAAGAUGAGUGGACCCUGUUUUCAGAGGUACCAUGUGAUAGUAAUGUUUUUACUGGGGUAUUUAGAUGGUUCUUGGUUGCAUGUGGUUUCAUUUGCAAAACGUCUACAUGAUUGGAUUCUCCUGGUACCAGUAGUAACUUACAGCUGAGUACAGCUGUCACUGGGGGCAGUCAAAUGUUAAAAACAAUAUUUUAUAUUCAUCCCUUCCAUUUCUCAAUAUCUUUGUGUAACCGGCUCACAGGAAUCAUGAUGAACUAUAGCUGCGUUUAAGUAAGGUAUUGUGAUGGUUGCCGUCUUUAUUUUAGGGAGCAUGAAUACUCGGGAUGUCUUUUAAAAAAGACAUAUUGGUGGGUGUUUUUAUUUUGUAUGUUUUAGCCCCUUAACUGUCCGACAAAUGGUAUAUGCCAGCUUCCCUGAAGAGAAAACAUGUUUCCCAGCUGAUUGAUUCAGACCAGCACCACAUUAUACCGGUGAGGCAUUCUGCCCUAUGUCCACUCGCUCACAGUUACACUGUUAGAUAUGUGCGGCCUUGUGUGUUGUGAUCAUAUUUGUUUCCAUUGCACACUGACAGCGGGGGAUGAUUGCUCUCAUCUGCAAUUGUAUUGCCACAGCUUGAGAGCAGGUGACAGUCUCUGCCUGUCUCAAGCCUCCAUGCAUCAGAUAUAUUUCUAAAAAUACUUUUGGUAAUAAGUUAAAUUGCGUCAAUCUGUAUUUAAUGGGCUAAUACAUAUAGCUGAAGCAAGGUCCUUUUAGAAAUAUGCCAAAUGCUCCAUUUAUUUUCUUUUUUCCUUCUGUCUCUCAGGGCCUCUGUACGUUAUUAUUUGUGAUUUGUUUGAAGUAUCACAAGCAGAAGCAACUCUUUUUUUUUGACAAUACCAAAAUGAUCAUGCAUUCAGUGCACAUCGCCUUUUUCAAACUUGCAUAUUGGGUCAUCUCACUGUUGCAUUGAAAACAAGAUUUACUAUAUUUUUACUGUAGCUAUUACUUCAUGCUUCUCUGCUCCAUGUUUUAUUAACGAUUACGAUAAAAAAAUUUCCAGGACCCUCUAGCUUUUGUUGGGCAUAUUGUAAUUUGUGGCUAAUCUGUAUUGUCAUGAAGUGAAUGUCAAGUAAAUUAGUUUGCUUCGAAACCGAAACUUGUCUUCACAAACCUAUUUUGUAACCAGUGUUUUUAUCUUCGCCUUAUUUCAGUGCUCUCACAAAAACAAAUGUAAUCCAAAAAACUGCGCCAUACAAUUUAACGAUUCAAAGGCAGAAAACUAAAAAGAAAAAUCAUCUGCUCACUCUGCACACGGUUUUUAAGGCAAGCCUUUGAUCUUCUGCUUUAGUCUCUGAUGUUUAAAAAAUAAAUUCUGUACAGAUCAGAGUCUGUGCAUCAAGUGAGAUCACAGUGUUGGGGUAAUAUAAAUGCAAAAAGGAACAACUGACAGAAAUUAUCAAAUUGAAAUCUAAAAUAAUAGUGUUUAAUAUGAUAUACUCUGCUGUAUCGUGUCUAUAAAUGUCUCUGUAAAAAAAAAAAUUCUAGUCUCACAAAUUGCUAGAAACUACAAUGCCCCGACCACCCACCCACACAUACCUGUCUAGACUACCACUGGGGGACGCCAAGGUCCAACAUAUUCACAUUCCACUCAUGGUGCUUUUGAAAUGCAUUGUAUAGUUCCAACGUCCAGCGUGAAGAUUUACUGGGACACGUUUCAUAUCCCUCACGUCAAGGUGUCCUUGGGAGGUCAUGUUUCUUAUCCUCCAGACAUCUAUUUUAUAACACUUACUAACUAACGACCCCUUGAGCCGUGAGUUUACUUUAGCCUUAGAGACGUGGUAGAUUGUUAUCAAACGAGCUGUGUGUGUUUUGUUCAUUACAAUGUAUGUGUUUCUUUUUCAAAGAAUAAAUGCUGUAUAGAGAAU